CGCGCGCGCGGGUCCUUCCCGACGGCCACACGAGCCCCGCUCGCUCGCUCGCUCGCCCAAGUGGAAGAGGAGCCGCAGGCAGGUGGAGACGUGGCCGCCGGGUCGCCAGCGGAGCCCCUCGGCCAGCCCCCCGCCAGAUCCGGCCGGCCCACCUGUUGCCUCCGCAGCUCUCGCCCCGCCAGCUGCUUUCAGGAGAACCGUCGGGGACGGCCGUGCUCCCGGCGGGCAGCCGUCCCGGGACCCCCGACCGGCCCCUCCGGCCAGAGGAGAGAGACGGAGUCCUGGGUCUUUUUCUGCCCUGAUCCUAAAGCAGCCCUCAGGAUGCCCGGCUUGAUCAACUGGACAACCAGCACCCUCCUCCCUCUGGCCGCCUCGGAGGUCACCUCGUGCGUCAGUGGCUAUGCCUUUGGGAUGACCGCCUGCCUGUCCUACCGCAACUCGGAGAACCAUCCUUUUGAAGGCUUCUUCGUCUACCCCCUGGACGAAUACACCACCGUGGUGGGCUUCGAGGCGGUGAUUUCUCAGCGGGUGGUAACAGUGCAGAUCAAAGACAAGGCAAGAAUCGAGGAGAGCUGCUUCAGCGACGGGAGACCCCCGGAUGAGGCGGGCCAUGUCGUUCUGGAUGAAGACCUGGAGAGGAUCGUCUUUGUGGCCAGCGUGGGCAUCAUUCCCCCUCAAGUGGACGUGUCCAUCUGCAUCAGCACGUCCUCUGAGCUCCAGACCCUCCCGACCGGGGCCGUCAGGGUCCUCCUUCCGGCCGUCUGCGCCCCCAGAGUGCCCCAGAAAGCCUCCGACCUGACCGGCAGCCUCUCUGGACACCACCCCUCCUUGAAGGACGGGCACUGCAGUGGGGGCCUUUCUCCAGAGCAAGCAAGGAAAUUUUGCCUGGCGCAUCUCCUGGAAGCCGAGACCACCAACCCUGUGGAGUACGAGUUCAGCUUCUCCCUGGAGAUCCGAGGGCCGUGUUUAUUGGCAGGAGUGGAAAGCCCCACGCACGAGAUCCGAGCGGACGCUGACCCUUCGGCCCGGUCGGCCAGGAGCAUCACCAUCCGCCUGGCCCACAGGCACACCUUCGACCGUCCGGUGGAGAUCCUGAUCCACCCCAGUGAGCCCCACAUGCCCCACGUCCUGAUGGAGGAGGGGGACAUGGCCCCUGCCCAGUACGAGCAGCACCUGAGGGGGCGGAGUGACUUCAUCAAAGGCACCAAGAAGGACCCCAGCCCCGAGAAAAAGACGGAAAUCAUCCGCAAGAGGCUUCACAAGGACAUCCCUCACCACCCGGUGAUCAUGCUGAACUUCUGCCCGGACCUGAAGACGGUGCAGCCGAACCUCCGGAAGACCCAUGGCGAGUUCAUAUUCCUGGUGGACCGCAGCCAAAGUAUGGCCGGCACAAGCAUCGCCCGGGUGAAGGACGCCCUGGUGGUCAUCCUGAAGAGCCUCGUGCCGGGUUGCCUCUUCAACCUCAUUGGCUUCGGAUCCACCUUCAAGGCCGCCUUCCCUGCCAGUCAGGCCUACUCGGAGGAGAACCUGGCGGGGGCCUGCGAGAGCAUCAAGAAGAUCCGGGCGGACAUGGGCAGCGCCAACCUGCUGUCGCCUCUGAAGUGGGUCAUCCGGCAGCCCAUCCACCGGGGCCACCCCCGCCUGCUCUUCCUCCUGACGGACGGGGCGGUGGGGAACACCGGCAAAGUGCUGGGGCUGCUACGAAGCCACGCCUCCUCCACCAGGUGCUACACUUUCGGCAUCGGUAAGAACGCCUGCCGGAGGCUGCUGAAGGGCCUGGCCGCCGUAACCAAAGGAAGCGCCGAAUUCCUGGCUGAAGGGGAGCGGGUGCAGCCAAAGAUGAUCAAGUCCCUGAAGGCGGCCAUGGCUCCCGUGGUGAGCGAUGUCUCCGUAGACUGGGUGUUUCCCGAAACAAGCGAAGUCCUGAUUUCGCCCAUCAACGCCAGCUGCCUUUUCCCAGGAGACCGUCUGGUGGCCUACAGCGUGGUGUGCGACACGUCCCCGUACGUCUCUCACCCCCAGCUGGACAAAAGGCGCCGGUACAGCAUGCUGCAUUCGCAAGAAUCGGGAAGUUCCGUUUUCUUCCACUCCCAAGAAGAAGGAGGAGGAGGAGGAGGACUGGAGAACUGGGAGAUUACCAAAGAUCCCCCCGAAAGUGGAUUUCCUUCGGAGAGGAGCAGUGGAGACAUGGGAAGCGAAUCGGAUAUAGAUUCAGGCACUGACCCCAUAAUGGUGUCCCAGCGAAGGACCUACAGCACCACCCAGGCUGCCGACUGGGAGCCCCCCCAGAAGCUCCCCACGGCCAGCGACUCCAGCUCCGUCCCAGUGCCAAAUCCUCUCCGGAAAGUCCACCUGCAGGACCUCAGCCGGAUCACUUUGGACGCUCAGCCCUGGCAGGUGGAGCUUCAGCCCCUCACAGCCAGCCCCACCCCAACCCCGAAGAAGAUCCGAGGAGUCAGCGCACAGCGGCCGUCUCUGCUCCAGGACCUGCGGCAGAUGCACUGGGGCCCCACGCAGGCGGGGGCAGGAUCCAGGGGCCCCCAAGACGCCAGCGCCCUUUCGGGACACAUGUCCUCGGACAGCCGAAGCCCUGGAGAACUGGAGUCUGCCCAACAUCCUUCCUUCAACUUUGAAACAGAGUCCACCUCGGAUUGGGACCUUCCUGAUCCAGAACUGGGUUCCUCGGCUGGUGGUGGCUGGAGGGGGUCUCGAAGGUCGCUCUGCAAGGCCCUGGUGAAGGGGCUCCAGAGUGGCGAACCGGUCAAGUGGGAGAUAACCUUCGACCUCGGCCCCCUCUUCCAAAGCAGAGAAGAAGGCAAGGGCCAGGAGGAAGAAGAAGACAUCUGGAAUGAGACUUUCCACCACCUGGCUGCCAAGUCCAUCGUCCAGGACUUCGAGCAGCUGGCCGAGAGGGAGUUUGAGAUCGAGCAUGGGUCCGGACGGCGGUACCAAGCCAACGCAGUGCACACCAGCAAAUCUUGCAACGUGAUCAGCAAAUUCACGGUGUUUGUGCCAGUUGACCUGAGCAGCAACGACUAUUUGCCAACCAUUGUUAAAUAUCCCAAUACAGGUCUGCUGAUGAAACCCUCUAGCCAACGGAGCUCCGGGUUUGAGAGCCGACGGCACCGAGGACUCUCGACUAGCUGGGGGCGGAUUCAUGACGGAGCAGACGGUGGGCUGCCCAACGCAAAUGCCGUUUUCCCAUUGUCUCCUUCUGGCUCACUUUCUUCCUCAGGGGGGAAUUGCCACAGUUUUCCAGAAGGGUCACUACGUAGCCCAUCCGUUUCCUCUCAAAAGUCCAUCGAAAAUUUCUUUGGUGCCAGGCUGACGUUUAACAAAACCAGACUCCUGACCAAGGCUGCCCGAGGCUUCAUGGGCAAGUUUCCUGCCAAAAGCAACGAGAUCAAUGAAAAUGUUGAUUACCUGCCACUGGUGUCUCUGCAGCUGGCCUGUGGCUCCUUCCUCUUGAACGAGGCUUUCUCGGAGGCCAUCAACAUCCCACUGGAGAAGCUCAGGUGGACCUCGCCGUUUGCUUGCCACCGCAUGGACCUCAGCCCUUCCACCAGCUCCAGGAAAGCGGAAGGUCCGGAAGAAGCCCAGAGCGCAAGGGUUGCCGAUGUUCCAGGGAGGCACCUCCACGAAGAGGCUGAGGAGGAGGAGGAGACCGCCCUGCGUGGGCCUCCAGAAAGCUCCUCCCGAGCCCCCAAGACGGAGACCAGCCUGUCCCCUCCCUCGAUCACCAUCCAGAGCUUCUCUACCCCAGAGAAGGCCCCAUCCCCACCGGACAGCGGCCGAGGCUCGGAGACCGAGACCCCCAAAGUCCAGGCUUGGCUCUUAGAUGUCGAGCUCCAGCAGCGAACAGAGCCAGAGGGGAUGCUCUGGGCCACAGCGGUGGCCUUGGCGUGGCUGGAGCACAGCUCGGCCUCCUACUUCAUUGAGUGGGAGCUGGUGGCCGCUAAGGCCAGCCGGUGGCUCGGGGAGCAGGACAUCCCGGAAGGGCGAACCCUGCUGGCCCUCAAGACAGCUGCUCAACAGCUGUUCGUGCUGCUCCGGCACUGGAACGAAAACCUCCAGUUCAACUUGCUGUGUUACAACCCGAAGGAUGUCUAGGAA